UUCCAAGCUCCCGGAUGCAGGGGCAGAUACGCCAUCCCCGAGGACUUGUCGACCACCUGCCAAGCUGAGGGAUUUCUCGGGCCUCAACGUCUGAAUUGGUGUGCUCUGGUUCGAGUUUUCCUCUCGUCUUACAGAGAGACACACACCCGGCACGGAUACUUGCUUGGCCAAGGCACGUUUGCGAUGAUAAGAGGACGAGUGUGCUCCCACGUCGCACAGCUCAGGCUUCCUUCAGGUUCCUCCUCGGUCCUGUCCACAGUGGGGCUUACUCAGAACCUCAACCUCAACGCCAGUCUCAACCUCAACGUCAGCCGCAGUUUUCUCCGUCACUGCAGCUCCUCCUCCGGGCCCCGCGGUCGUCACUUCUCGCCUCACAUCGUCUCACCAACCACCACCAAGCGCACCCUCAGGAGCAUCAUGUCGGACGAGCAGAUCUCCCGGUACCUGCAGCAGACGCACGACCGUGUGUUCGAGCACAACACCAAGUGGGCGGCCGACAAGAAGGCCCAGGACCCGGAAUUCUUCUCCAAGCUCAGCGCCGGCCAGAAGCCCGAGUACCUGUGGAUAGGCUGCAGCGACUCGCGCAUCCCCGCCGAGCAGAUCACCGGCCUCGAGCCCGGCGAGGCCUUUGUCCACCGCAACAUCGCCAACCUGGUCUGCAACAUCGACCUCAACGUCGCCUCCGUGCUCAACUACGCCGUCGAGCACCUCGAGGUCAAGCACAUCGUCGUCUGCGGCCACUACGGCUGCGGCGGCGUCAAGGCCGCCAUGACCCCCAAGGACCUCGGCAUCCUCAACCCCUGGCUCAGGAACAUCAGGGACGUCUACCGCCUGCACGAGCACGAGCUUGACGCCAUCGCCGACGAGUCCGCCCGCUAUGAUCGCCUGGUCGAGCUCAAUGUCAUCGAGCAGUGCCGCAACGUCGUCAAGUCUGCCGCCGUCCAGAAGUCCUACGCCAAGAACCACUUCCCCAUCGUCCACGGCUGGGUCUUUGGCUUCAACGACGGCCUGCUCAAGGACCUCAAGUUCGACUUCGCCACCGCCCUGGCUGACAUCCAGAAGAUCUACAAGCUCGCCGAGUGACGGCUGUAGCUGAGCUGUCGUAGAGGGCGUUUAGAGGGAGAUUCGGGCGUUUAGAGGGGCUUGGGGUCUGCUUGGGGUGCGGCUGUAAGGCGUAGGUGCGUGCCAGGGCCAGCUUGAAGUGGUUUACAUCCUCUGAUUAGGGGCCGGGAGCCGGAUGGUCACGGAAAAGGCAUAGGCCAUGGGCCAUUUUGGUUCUGAGAUUUCUGCACAACAUAUAGCGAUACGCCCUUUUAUGGGGAAUAAGAAUCAAACAUCCUGCACUUUCCUCCGCUCGAGAGUCAGCACCGGUCCAGCCUCAGCUCCUGUCUUGAAAAGGGUAUAGAUAUGUGCUGCGGGAGCGUGCCCGAGUCACAGUCCUGGCCAGGGAGGAGACUUACAGAUGCCAAUGUUGAUGAACGCGGGUAUCUAGCUAUACAAGCGAAUUUUAACGAGCACCAGUUGACAACA